AUGAAGAAAUUUGAAUCAAAGAGCACAAUGUUUAACAUUACCAGUUGGAGCAAACCCCAGCCACGCUAUAUGAAUCGUGAAAUUAUCUCUCUCCUUUCGACUUUGGGGAUAAGCGAUGAGAUAUUUGAGUUGAUGCAACAAGAUGAUAUGCGUGAAUUAGAUGAAAUGCUGACCAACAGAGAAGCUGCUCUCUCUGUUCUGGGGAAAAUUGGUAGUACCGAAACGAAGACAGCAUCGAAAAUGUUACUGCAAGGUUAUGAACCAAGUUUAGAGCCUUACCUGUUGAUGAUUCUUAAGGCCCAUCAGGAUAAUAGGCUGACUGACAUAAGAACUAGAUGUAAGAUUCAUGUUCCGAAAGGCCGUGUUCUUAUUGGUUGUUUGGACGAAACAGGCGAAUUAAAAUAUGGUCAAGUGUACAUCAGAAUUACAAAGAACAGCAAAGAGCAGAAGGAUAAUGGUCAACCAUAUUUUCUAAAGAUAAUGGGAAAGACAAAACAGCAGUUGUUGUUGGAAAAGUUGCAAUAUCGAAAAAUCCUUGUCUCCAUCCUGGUGACAUCAGAGUGCUUGAAGCUGUCUAUGACCAUGGAUUGUAUGCUAACAACCUGGUUGAUUGUGUUCCCUCAAAGAGGAGAAAGGCCUCAUCCAAAUGAAUGCUCUGGGGGCGAUUUGGACGGUGACCUCUAUUUUAUCACUUGGGAUGAGAAACUGAUUCCAGAGAAGGUUGAUUCACCUAUGGACUACACUGCAGCAAGGCCACGCAUAAUGGAUCAUGUUAUCACACUCGAGGAAAUCCAGAAGUACUUUGUGGAUUACAUGAUAAACUCGCUCGGUGCAAUCUCAACUGCUCACUUGGUCCACGCAGACCGUCAUCCAAUGAAAGCUCGGAGCCCUGAGUGCCUCCAGCUAGCUGCUUUGCAUUCAAUGGCAGUCGACUUCGCCAAGUCAGGAGCUCCAGCUGAAAUGCCGCAGUCACUGAGACCAAGGGAGUACCCUGACUUCAUGGAACGCUGGGACAAGCCAAUGUACAUCUCCAAUGGAGCUCUCGGCAAGCUCUACCGAGCGGCUGCGAGUCGGAUGCAGAGCUCUCCUGCUCCCUCCUUUGCUCAGCCAAAUCCUGUGUUCGAUCCUGACCUCGAGGUCCCUGGCUUUGAGGAGUUCCUGGAGUCCGCAGAGGAGUGCUACGACCUGUACACGGAGAAGCUGAGCGCCCUGAUGGGCCACUACGGCGUGGAGCACGAAGACAAGAUCCUGACCGGCAACAUCCGGAACAGGCUCCUGUACCUGAAGAAGGACAACAAGCGGUACUUUGAGAUGAAGGACCGCAUCAUCGACUCGGUCGAGGGCCUGCACAAGGAGGCGCGGGGCUGGUUCACGUCCUGCCCGAAGGCGGAGGCGCCGAGGAGGGCGUCAGCGUGGUACCGCGUUUCCUAUCACCCCGACCACCGGCGGCGGGAGAAGAAGCGGUUCUGGAGCUUCCCGUGGAUCAUCUGCGACGAGCUUCUGAAGAUCAAGGAGUCGAAUAACGGCGAUGACCCUUUGCAAAGUCAUUUAUCUAAAUCCUUGUCGGCCGGGUAG